AAAAGUAUAUAAUAAUUGUGUUAUCAUUUGUCAUAAAUUUAUGGAAAUAAUAUAAUAUAUUUAAUACAUUGGAGGGGAAGGUUAUGUUAUUGUUGUGUGUUUUGAAAAUGAUGAGCAAGGAAAAUUUUUGUCAAGAAAAUUAUUAACAAUUUAAUAUUUAUGUGAUAAAUAAAUUUAUUAAAAAAUGUCAGAGCCUAAGGAAAAUGUAAAAGAGAAAUUUAUCAAUGACUUAACUAAUUAUUUAAAAGAAAACAAACUUCAAGAAGCUUUAAACCACUUUAAGGAUGAUCGUUUUGAAAAUGUUAUUCAAGAAUACUCAUGGGAUAUUGUACCAAUUAUAUCAUCUUAUCUUACGCUUGAAAAUACAAAGAAUAAUACAGAAUUAAUUGAAUGUUGCACUGCAUUAUUAAACUUUCUAGUAGAAAAAUGUAAUCCUUCUGAGACAGUAUUAGAACUGUUGGAACAAAUUGAAGGUCCAGAGGAUGAUGUAAAAUUUUGUAUAAUUUUAAAGGUACUUAAUAGAUGCCUUUAUAAAAUGAAUAAUAAAAUGAAAGCUAUAGAGUGGUGUAUCAGUACAUUAAGGUCUUAUGUUGAUGGUUUACCAAUACCAGAUAAAGAAUCUGAAAACAACAUCACCAAUAUAAAUAAAAUACAAAGUGUUUAUGAUGCAAUUAUAUCAUUUUUGGAACCAUUAGUAGAGGAAGCAAGAUUGGAUAAUUCAGAAGAACAUACCAUGUUAAGAGAUUAUCUUACAAGUCUGUUAAUCUUUUUAAUGGGAAAACCAUUGUGUUUUCUUUCAGAAAAAGAAUUAAAAUUACAUUUGCAACAAUCCUUACCAGAAAGAAUUAUAAUUCUUGCAAGUCAUAUGAAUGGAGAUUUACUUUGGUAUCUGAAUGUUAUAAAUUUAAGAAGUAAAAGGACCAGUUUUAAAAGAAAACAUGUAGAAGAAGAAUGUUCUAAUCUUAAAGUAACAUUGUUUGAGUUAGAUGAAAAUAUAUCAGAUUUAGCAUAUGCCAAUUUUUAUUUUUAUAUUGUGACAAAAUCACAUUUAUGGGAAAAGGUACCACAAAUAUAUGAUUUGCAAUAUAUUUUUCAAGCAUGUUUAUAUCUUGUUAUUAAACUUCUUGAAGAACCAGAAACUGUUACAAAAGGUUUAUAUCUGAUGGACGAAUUUUUGAAAAGAUUGACAAAACGCUCUCUAACAUCACAAUUAUUGGAACUUAAUAUUUAUUCACGGCUGUUUGAUGUAAUCGUGAAAGUUAUGAUUUAUUGUAAUAUUGAUAAAGAAAGAAAGAAAGCUUUAAACAUAUUUCAAGAAUACAUUGAAAUGUUUGACAUGGAAGCCAGAUAUUUAAUUGUUUUUCGUUUAUACCAAACUAGUGAACACUCUGGUUUACUUAGUUUAACUACUGGAAUAUUCAAAGCUUCUGUUAUUGAAUGCCUUCAAGCAACUCCACCUAUUUCACAUUUUCUUGGUAGUAAUUUAGAAUCUUUGAUUAGAUUGGCUUGUAAAUUACCACAUGGAAGUGCAUCAGACUUAGUAGAGUUAUCUGAUGAGAUAAUUACUAGUUUAAAUCUUUUAAGAUUUUUAUUUAUUAGAGAUAAUCACAAUCAAACUGGAAUUUGGAAUCUAGUAGAUAAAUUAGAAAAAGAUUACUUGAAACCACUCAGAGAAGGUAUAAAUUUGUGUAGAGCACAUUGGAAAGUAAAGAUAAAGGAUUUAGAAGAUCAAAAGAAAAAUAAUAAAGUAAAUGGAAAUAUAGAAUUAGAGAAAAAUGAUGCAGAAGUAACAUUAACUGUAGGAGGUGAAAAAUUACCAGCAAUGCCAAUUUCAAAGAAACUUUCAUUCUGUUAUCAAGCAGUGAAUGGACUUGAUGUGAUGGAAAGCAUUUUAAUUAGAGUUAAUGAAUGUAUUCUUAAUAACCCUUUUAAACAACAUAGUAAUAAGGAUUUAAUUUCAGAAUAAUAUCAUUCUAUGUUGAUAUGUAUUUAAAACAUGUACA